AGAUGACGAAGUAGUAUCCCCCGCAGGGUAAAGUACAAUCCACUAGGUACCAGCAAACAGCGGCAACAACAACAUCGAUCUUGCCUGUCUUGUGCUCGUUCCAAAGGCUAAUGUAAUGAAGUGGGUGGGAAGGAAUGCCGGGAGCUCAAUUAGCCAACCCACUUCCCAUGGCAAUUGGGGACGGAUACGCCGCCUGCCCGUUGUCGUUUGUUUUUUUCCUUUUCCUUUUCUGCGAACCCGAAGCUUUCAGCCAAGGUACCAGGCUGGUUCCCUCUCGCCUGGCUCGCCUGGUUCAGCUCCCAUCCCAUUCCCUUGGGACCGAUCAUCAUUUGCUCAUUGCGCCAAAAGCCCGCACCCAUUUUUUCUUCUUCUCCAUGCGACUCUCCAAACCCACCACCAAACACCAACACCCACCACUGUCACCAGAAGUUGCGACCACACUCGAAAACGCCCACGAUUCCACGAUCCCCAGACCCGAGACGAACGAAUAGACGAGUAUACGAGGACCAGGAACCGGAAAAGGGAUCGGCAGUUAUCCACGGAUCCCUUGCAUUCCGUGUCCAACUCGAAGACUGUGAGGCGGGAGAAAUCCGACAACAAGCAAAGCGAAGCAGCCAUAGCCGAACUCAGCCCGCCGGGUGCCCGCACGCGACAACCUCGUUUUCCCUCCCACUCUGUCUGCAAAAGCCCGCCACGCCCAAUCUUUUGCGCAAACGCUCGAAAGCACCACAUCCGACCAGUAUCCUCCACCCCCGGUGUCAAAUGAUCUGCGAACCCUCGUCUUCUGCGUAACCUUUGAGGUCCAAUGGGAGCCGCUACCCCAUUGUGCUGAUUCCGAGCCCGCCCUCCACCACCACCACCACCACCACCGCUACUACUGCCACCACCGCCACCACCCAUAACCGCUGCCGUUCCGCGUCCCGGGCCUCUCGCCAUGCCAGAGAACGGCAAGGACGUAAAGUCUGAAUCGCAAGACGAAAAGGAAAAGCGCGACAAGACUGAGAACAAUGGCGGUCAUGUUCAUCCGGCCAAGAGCCCCAAGAAACGCCGCAAGGUCAACCACGGUACGUUUAGCCCACGUCCCGCUGCGCCGUGGCCGCGAGCUCCCUCGAGACAGCUGUUACAGCUGCAACAGCAACCCUCUCGGUGCCUCACCCCGCGCAGAAGCACCAGCUAACGUCAUGUGCCCUC